GUCCUGUGUCGAGAAGCUAUUCCCUGGCUGGGAACCCGAGAUCUACAAUUACCAGCAGACCCACAGCUCUGUGAGUCAGUCAAGAAAAGCACAGCAUUCAACACGCACCAACUAUCUGCCUAAGUGGUGCCAAUCUCUACAGCAAAUGUCGUGGACCAAGAGAAACGACAAGAGCGGUAAGAAGACGCCCGACAGGCGUUAUUUCGGAGAGUACAAGUGUUCACAAUGUAGUCGCACUUGGAAAAGUGCCAACAGCUUCGUCAACUUCGGUCAGAUGUGCAAAUCAUGCAACACCAUGAUUUACGCUCACAACAUGAAGCCGCUGAAGCGACCUGAAGAUUCGGACGACGGCACCCCAGAAAAAUCACACCCGAAACAUCUCUGCGAGCUUUGCAGAAAGGGAUACAAGAAGUGUUUUGCAAAGGAAGGACAAAACUUGCGAGCUGGCUACUUAGAAUUUAACAUAGAGUCAGAAUUCUGUUAGCCGAAUGAGCUAGAUGGGCUGCUUGGGCAGCAGCAUGUGUAGGGGUUGGGGUUUUCAGGGAAAACUGUCUAGAGUCGCCCUAAUUUGACGUUGUUAUUGUUAUGUUAGAGUCAAUAAUAUAAUGUAGAUUGCAUUUGCAAC